AUGCCUAAAGUAGAAGGACCACAAGUCACUUCAGCAACAGACUUUCCUGAAGGCAAUAGCCAAAUGUCCAUCAGACUAUCCUUGGUGGGAUAUGCUAAUACAGAUGUCAUAUUCUCUGACCUGAACUCAAUAGAAUUUAUUUCUGUUUCAUCAUUUGAAUUUUCAUCACCUGAAUCAGCAACUUCUAUGCAUGGAGGAGUUCAAGGUUCAAAGGUUCUUGAACUAAGAGUUCAUAACCAAACAACUAAGAGUUGUACAGCUUUGCAGGAACUAAGAGUUCAUAACCAAGCAACUAAGAGUUGCAUAGCUUCUGCUAAGAAAGAGCAAAAAUCACAAAGGGUUGCUAUUAAAGCGCUUUUUAUUAGCAUUGCCCUUAUAUCUUUGGCGAUUAUUGCAUUGCUUUCUUAUUUGAUCUUUUAUAUGGUUUAUAUUCCUAAACUUGUACAUUCAUACCCUGUUUAUUUACAAUAUCAUAAAAAUAAUUCACCUUAUGCUAUUGUUGACUUUACAAACAACGGUUUAUAUGAUAGUAUUUUAACUGAAGACCAAAGUUACAUUGUUUCAGUAGAUUUAAAUGUUCCAUGUAUUCUUGCCUAUCAAUCAACCCCUCUUCGUAUUUUUACAACUAUAUGGCAAAUGUUACCUUUAUUAUUUGGAUUUUCUAAGGAGGAACAAAAUUUACAUGUUGUAAUGUUAGAAAAUAUGGUAGAAUCAUCAGAAGCACCAAUAACCCAUGCAAUCAUUACUAUUUCAAAUGAAAACUUGGAAGUUUAUAUUGCAAAAAUAAGAUUGGAUGCUUAUUUUCAAGGCUUACGGUCAUUUGUUUCAUGGCAACAUAAUAAUGGCGCAGAAAACAUUGUUGCAAAAAUUUCAAAAAAUAAAGAAAAUGUUGAUUUGUCAAAUUCUGUAUUAGAUCAAAAUCAAGAAAUUAGAUUCGAGGAAGACAAUGAUAGUAAUAAUAAUAUUAGAGAUGAUAAAUGGUUAGAAGUUCGUUAUAAUGACAAAACCAUUGACAGUAAAAUUGCCGAUUCCGAAAGUGAAAAUGAAUCGUUACCUCCAGGGUUAAAUGUAAAUUUACAAGUAAAUAAUGAUUCCUUAUUUGAAACUGAUGAAGACGAACAUAGUAUUGUGUCAAGACUAUCAUUAGAUGAAGAAUCCGAGACUGCUGAAUCAACUGGUAAUAAAACUGAUGGAAGUGCUACACCUACUAACAUAUUUAUUCAAAAGAAUACUCCAACUAGACUAUCAACUACGCAUGAUGAUUCUGAAGAAGGCGGCGGAGCAUCAACAAGUGGAUCUACAACAUCUGCUACCUAG